CGUUAAAGUGCCUUUGUGCAAACUCUAGAGAGAGAGAAAAAAAAUUAUGGGAACCAGAGAAAAUAUAGACAAAUCUGGGAAUAGUUUGAACAAGGACUAUGAUCAUAACAGUUCCCUGGAAUCGGAUAAACUGAUGAUUGAGAUUGGAUUGGAGAAUGGCGAGUUAGCUGUCGAGAUUCAAGAUGAACGACAGAAGCGACUUCUGUACAGAGCCUCCGACCACCCUCCCAUUUACCUGACCAUCUUCUGUGGUUUCCAGCACACCCUGAUUACUCUCUCCGGAGUUAUGGCAAUUUCCCUGCUGGUUGCUGAUGUGACAUGCGCAGCUCCAUACGAAGACAUCAAAACGACACUACUGAGUUCUACUCUCUUGAUGUCAGGGAUUUGUACAAUUCUCAUGAGUCUCAUUGGUUCAAGACUUCCUCUCUUUCAAGGAGCAGCUAGCGAUUUCCUGAUUCCAUUAUUAGCUAUGCAGGUCCUGGAUAAGACGAGAUGUGAUUUACCAAAUCAAUUCAACUCAGACACCAAUUCCUCUACAACAAACACUUCCGGCAUGCCGAUAUUAGACAACAGAGAGGUCGUACUAAACAAUAUUCGGGAAUUACAAGGAAGUUUGGUGGCAGCCGGGACAAUUCAAUUUUUACUUGGAGCGACGGGCCUCGUAAAUUUCCUUCUGAAAUUCAUUGGACCAAUCACCAUCGUUCCUACACUUUUAUUGACCUGUGUCUUUCUCGUCAGAGCAAGCGUCAAAUUUGCUUCUGUUCACUGGGGCGUAGCAUUGUUGGUGACUGCAGUGUCGUUGAUACUGUCCCUGUAUUUAAGCCACCGAAACACCCCAAUCCCGAUGUGGACCAGGAAGAAAGGAUUUCACAUUAUAUGGUUUCCAUUACAUCAAGUUUAUUCGAUCCUUAUCGCAAUUUUGAUUGGCUGGUCUGUGUGUGGCAUUAUGACAGUGGUCGGCGCAGUUGGUCCAGACGACAAGCUGGUUAGAAUGGAAACAGGAUUGGGCGUCAUCAAGCAAGCCCACUGGUUCCGUAUACCUUAUCCAGGUCAGUUUGGAUCCCUUUCAUUCAGCACAAAUGUUUUUGUGGGAUUCAUGAUAGGAACGAUUACUUCAAUUCUUGAUUCCAUCGGUGACUACUACGCAUGUGCAAAAAUGUGUAACGUUCCUCCCCCUCCGGCUCAUAGUGUUAACCGCGGUAUCGCCAUAGAGGGGUUUUGUAGCUUAAUGGCAGGGUUCAUGGGAUGUGGACAUGCCACAACCACCAAUGGCGGAUCAAUUGGUGCAAUAGGAUUGACUAGGGUAGCUAGCCGGGAUGUUUUCCUCACUGUGGGUGUAAUUUACUUUGUGUUCGGGAUAAUUGGAAAAGUGUCGGCGGUUUUUCUGAUGAUCCCAUACCCCGUCCUAGGCGGGGCCCUCAUUGUGAUGUUUGGCAUGUUUAACGGUGUCGUCCUGUCAAAUCUACAAGUUGUCUCCCUUAAUUCGUCGAGAAAUCUCGCCAUUAUGGGAACAGCCAUUUUGUUUGGUCUCAUGAUUCCCCAUUGGGUGGAGAUUACUGCUGAUGCUAUUCAAACAGGAUCUCCAGCCAGUGACGGCGUGAUUAAAAUGUUGCUGGUCAAUCCCAACUUAUGCGGGGGCGUUGUAGCCUGUUUCCUAGACAAUACAGUUAGAGGUACUUUGAAAGAAAGAGGAAUAGAAGCAUGGCAAACAAUGAUUGAUGGGAGAGCGGAAGACAGGAAGGAAUUCGAUGAUGAUAUUACUGUUUAUGAUAUCCCUCUCCCACAAAUCUUGAAAGACUCCAAAGUUUUUAGACGUCUACCUUUUAUUCCCUCACAAUAAUAUGAGGGAGUGCGUGCUUCUACAUGUAUAUUCUAUAACAAGAUUUUAAAAUAGUAACUAUAUCUGUGUUAUACAUGUGCAGAAACUUUCACCAUGUGAAGAUAUGACAAGUGUAUCUGAAUAAAUACAAUACAAAAAGCAUGAAACAA